AUGUCGGUGUCGAAUCUCUUCAGUUCCGACCCGGCAAGAGCCGAUGACGACUGGCUGCGCUCGACUCCGCGGAAGACUUUCCCGUCCUCUUCCAAGUCAACUGCGUCUCCAGCCUUUCCUUCCUCUUUCUCGCCUCAAGCUUCGGAAGCCUGCAACCCCUCUUCCGUGACUCCUCCCGCCACCGCUCCGCCUCCCGUCGCGCCCUCGUACCCGGUACCCUUCCAGAUGGCCAACCCAUUCGCAUCCGGCGCUUUCUCUCCAGCUCCAGUCUCGUCGUCCGGUUCCCUCCCACCUCCCGCUCUUCUGCAGGCCCCCCCCAAUGGCGUCGCUUCGUUUUCCCCGGCGGAAACCCCUCCGAACGAAAUUUCGGGGUCGGGCGCUGACCGGCUGCCUGACCCUGUUGACGGAAGCCAUUGCGAGGAAAGAGUGGAGCCGCCUCCUGCACUGACGACGGGAACAGGUCACGGCGGAGACGAAGAUUCCGGAGAAAAGCCUCUGGCAAAUCGAGAUUCCCUUCCCUCUGCAGGCGCAGUGGUUUCCGCUGCUCAAGCUCCGGGUGUCUGUACACCUGGAGACAAAAGCGUCCCGAGGCCUUCGCCCGACACCUACCCCUCCGUGCCGACUGCCAUCAACGCGGGGAACAUCCCAAACGGAGUGCCUGCUCAUCCAGAGCCCCAGACGGAGGCUCCGGUGCAAAAAGAGAGCGACUACGGCGGCGGGCCCCCGCCCUUCAAGAACCCGUUUUCAGCUCCUCUCAACGUUGGAGAAGAGAAGCCAGGAGCAUCGCCCUUCUCCCCUCCACCUUUCACUUCUCCACCUUCAGCUUCUCCUCCGCCUCUGCCUUUCUCCUCUCCUCCACCUUUCUCGCCUUCCUCGCUUUCUGCUUCCCGUCCCGUGGAGCCGUUCCCGGUCUUUCGCAAUCCCUUUUCUUCCGGCGCCGCGUUUGCUCCGUCUGUCGACUCUUCGCCUCCUCGAGGAACGGAGACUGUGCCGCCUCCUCCAGGUCCUUUUCCGCCUCUUCACUCCUCUCUCCACGCCCCGGGGGCGGCCGAAACCUCGCCGCCUGUCGACAGGAGCCUCGCGCCCGGCCCUCCUCCCGCGGCUGAGUUGGUGUCUGAAAGAAGCGCCGCUCCGCUCUUUGCCGGGGAGGGCCGAGAGGAUGCCGGCGGCGCCUGCAGUCAGACCGGCGAUGCUGUUCUCUCCUCGGUCCCGAAACCAGCAGAGACACCCGAGGCGUCAGGAGGGGCCUUCCUUGGAGACGAGGGCGUUGCGGGAGACCAAGUGUCGGCAUUGCCCGCGGCUGAAUGUGUCCCUUCGAACGCAGCUGCAGAAGAAGCCUGCUUGCGUGCAAAUCAAACAGUCGAGGCCGUGGAACGACCGGAGGCGGUCCGUGAAGAGCCCGUUGAUCGCCAGAGUUCGCCGAGUCUGUCUGUUCUUCCUGCGGAGGGGCCGAGCACGGGGGCGACGCAGGAAGGGUCUGGAGCUCCGGGGAGUGCAGAAAACGCGCCCGAAGACAGCGCCAGUCGACCGCACCGCGAGGAAGCGGAACAAGGCCUCUUUGCAGAGCCAAAGGCCCUCGCCGCCACCGCAGAGGGGGAAGCGCCUUCUUCCUCUGUCUCGUCUUCCCCCGCGUGCUCCCUGUCCGUGCCUGUUUCUGAAGCGCCGCGCGGACCUGGCGAGAACGGCCCAGGAGCUGCAAUGGCUUUUCCAGCGGCUGCGCCUUUGGGUGGAGAACUGGAUGCGCCUUCGGACAAGAGAACUGUGGACGGGCCCUUCGCGCCGAGGGAUUCCGACGUCCCUAGACAUCCCAGUGGUUCGGCGUAUACCCCGAGCCUGCCUGACCACGGGCACUCUCCUGCAGACGUUUUGUUUGGGCUGGGCGGUGUCCCUGCUUCCUUCUGCCCCUCGGACGCGGAAGAGGAGCAGUUCGCGCGGGCGUCUUCGGGUGUAGCGACAGAAGGCGGUCAAUUCGCUCCCGCCUUCCGCGCCAGACGCGACGCGGAGCAGGCAGCCAGAGGUGAUCCUCUCUUUCUCUUUCGAGACGAUGACGCCUCCGACAGCGUUUUCAACAGCGCAGCGGCGUGUGAGAUUCUCGGCACGAUCGCGCGCUCGCCUUUGGCCCCUGCCCCGGAGGCGAGGGCGGUCGAGACCGAACAGGCGGCGGCCGCGCGAGAGGGCGAGGAGGCGGGGCCGGCCGUGCGCAGCGAGGCUGCUUUUUCGUCUUCGGCCAAAGUCCAGGACGAGACUGGGACGGCCGUUUCUUCCAAGGAGACAGAGGAACAGGGCGUGGAGUUCAGCUGCGGAGGGGAAGACGGCGAGCAGAGAAACGGAAUCAUCGAAGCGAACGGCGCGAAGUCGGCGCCGGGAUCCACACCAAAUCUGCUGCCAGGGUCUGGCGCACCGACUGGGGUUCAACACGGCCUGUGUCCCUCGUCUUUUCUUUCCGCGGCUGCGCCCUCUGCUGGAGACAGCGCAGCGACUGGGGACACCUCGGGCUCGGGCGACCGAAGAGAAGGCCAGACGGUUCCCCGGUUUCACGACCGGGUGGGAGAAGCAAGACCCGAGAGAGCUGCCGAUCUCGGCGCCCUGCAGGGCCUGCAAAGGGGCCCGGAGGCGCAGGACUUUUCCUCUCUUCUCCAAAAUCCUUUCUCUUCGACGGCUGCGUCGCCACCCGAAGCACCGUCGCAAGGGAGUGGGGACGGGGCGCAGUCGGCUGUGGCCGGAGCUUCAGGCCCUUCGCAGCAACCGACCGCCGCAGGUGCGUUCGCGCAGCCCAGCGCGCCUCCUUUUGGCGGGCGAGAUGAAGAGCAGCCGCGCGCACCUUCCCUGCCCCGGGCGGACAUUCCUGCGCCGCCGCCCCCUGCGGCGCCGCCCGCGUGGCUUCGCGCCCCCCCGUCUCUGGGCCCGAAGGAGACACGGGCUCCCGCAUUCGAGGAGACAGCUCGCCAGCGCGCUCCGUGGGAGGCGCAGCCCGUUCCCUCAGCUCCCGAGCCUUCCGCGCCUCUCGCCGAAGGAGCGCAGGCGCGCCCGAAACCCCGGCCUGAAAGCCAGUCUCCCCUCACGGGAUACUCGAGGGCUUCUGCUUCUACUCUCCCCGAGCCUCAAGUCCCGACGGGGAGUGCCUUGCCGCUCACCGCAGCGCCGCUCGGGCCCCAGGGCGAAACUGCCUGCGCUCAGCGACGUGUGGGGUCGCGGGGUGUCUCUGUCGCCUUUGCGUUGGGUGGGUAUAUGUUUCUGGGCAGCCCCGAGAACUCGGCCGUGUCGGAACUUCCCCUGACCGCCGCCUUAGGCGGAGCCGCUGCGCCAGGUCAGCCGCUGGAGCUGCUGGCGGCGACUCAGGGGACCGCGCUAGGCGACCCGGGAGCGUCGCUUUUCCUGGAAACGGUGGCAGGGUUCCCCGGACCCCUCGGUGCGGCAGACGCGCGAACGACCGCCUCUCUGAUUCGCUACUUUGAGCGAAUUGUCGAGGCGAAGAUGCGACUCGCUUCCCAGAGCGCAGCUGCAAGUCCGAGCCUCUCUCCGGGCUCUUCGUGUCGGAACGGGAUCGGAGCGCCGGGUCCUGCGGGCUGCGCAGGUUCGCGAAUCGAGGUUUGCGGGUUGUGGGCGUUUCUGCUUGCUCUGCUCCAGCAGGAACAGCGGAGUCAGACGGGCCAUCCGGGGACGCAGAAGGCUUCCUCGCGGCUUACGCUCCCUUCUGCCUCCGCGCUUUUCCCCCCAGAAGACCUGUGCGCGUCGGUGCACGCGGCGGAGUCCCGCGCGCCUGAGCCCGCAGCGCCCCUCUCUGGCCGCGCCAGAGACGGGCGAGAGGCGACGGGCGGAGACGCAGUGGACGAGAUCUGCCGACGGGCGUGCAUGGGCGACGUCAGGGGCGGCUUCGAGGUGGCCCUCGAGAAGAAGAUCUUCGAUCACGCUUUCGCCCUCGGCAACGCGUUGAGCAGCGACGCAGUCAACGAGACCCUGCGAGCCUUUUCGGCUCAGCUGGCGAGCGACGAGGAGAGACCGGUAGCUCGAGGAGAGACGGCAGGGACGGAGAAGGAAGAAGGCGCGCCGAGCAAGGCGCGGGAAGUGACACGGAGGUGGAGACGCGCCGUCGCCAAUCUGUAUUCGGUUGUGGGACAAGCUACCGAUUCCUUCGCACUCGACUCAGAUGCCAUCCACGCCUGGUACCCAACAGCCGCUCUCGUCGCGCGAUUUGCAGGCCUCGUUCACCCCUCAGCGCAGCGUCUCCUUCUCGCGCUGAGCCGCGCCCUCUCCGAGUCUGAAGGCUCUUCUGUCUCCAGCCCGUGCGAGUGGCGUCACGCCUCUCAGCUCUGUGCGCUGCUGGCGGGGAAGACCGUCAUCCCGGCCGCUCUCUCGGCACCCGUUCAUCACGGGAUGGGGACAGGGUCCGACCCGAGGCAUCCGCGAGAAGAUGGGAGUCUCCUCUUCAUCGGCGGCUACCCAGUCGAGCAAGUCAUUUUGACAGAAACCCUGGAAUACUUACACCGUCUCCACGACCCGCAAUUCAUGUUCCCCCAGCUGGUUCCGUCGAAGAUUUGGUACGCGCUCUUUCUCGCCGACCUUGGUCUCCUUCAACAAGCUCAGAGCUACUGCACAAUGGCCGCCUCGUUUCUUCGGGCGCUGCCGCAGAUUCAGGUUCCGGCGGAGGUGCGGCAGGAUCUCCGCGCGGUCCAGCAGAAGAUCGAGGGCCUGAUUCAGACGGGGAAGUUCGCGCGUCUCAAUUCGCAUCUGGUUGCCUCCCAUCGUUCCGCGCUUGCGGCUCCAGAGCACGCAGGCUUGUCGACUCCCCGCCCCGCUUCCGCCGGCUGGGACCCGAGCCUAUUCAAAGGCAGUCCGCAGGGAGAAAGAGAAAAGAAGGAGGAGGGCGGCCUGUCGCUGGCCGCAGUCGUCGGAGGCAGCUGGUUGGAGGGAAUGAUUGGCGGGCUCAAGAAGGCCCUGAGUGCCGAAGAGAGGAACGUGGGCGUCGAGAACGCGUACUACUACGAUCACGUGCAGAAGCGCUGGCGAGAAAGAGGUCGAGAACACGAGGAAGAACCUCUCCCAGCAGACCCGACCGGCCCUUCUUCUGGAGCAGGGACUUGCGCGUCAGCGCCGUCGCCUCCUCCGCCUCCUGCUUGCGGCGACAUGGCAACGCGGCCGCGCGUGGGAGCAGAUAGAAGAAACAGAUACGUCGACGUGUUUACGGCAGGCAGUUCCUCUAACAGGGCCCAACCUGCGGCUCCAGCGGGGCCCGUGAUUGCUCCGACGCGCUUCGCCUCGGUCUCCGCCCCUGACGGAACCUCGAGGAAUCCUCCGGAGUCUUUCCGAGCAGCAGCUCCUAUGCCCCCUGCCGCCGGCUUACUGACGAAUCCCUUUGGAGUCGCGUCUCCGCCCCAGACUCCUAGCGAGCCGGUGUGCGCCCCCGGCGCCGAAAGGACGUCGCCUGACCUGGCGCAGCCUCCUGACCAAAGCUCCGCCACUCCCUUUCCUCCUUUUCCACCUGCGCAUUCUGGCCCCACUCCGUUCGUCAGUUCUGCGCCUCCGUCUCACGGAGGCGCCUACCCACCAGGUGCUGGCCCUUCGGCCCCCGGGAGCGAUUCCACGACUUUCACAGGAUUUUCGGCGGCCCACGCGAACGGCACUUCCCCCUUCCCUCCCUUUUCCGGCAGCAGCGGUCUCGGCGAGGGCUCUGCUCCUUCUGGGACGCCUUCCGCUCCCGGAGGUGCCUUCGGCCCGCCGCAAGGCUUCUCUGGCCCCGCGGGCCUUGUCUCCGCGCCUCAGCAGUCUGUCUCUCCUCCCGCUGCGUCGCCUGCGCACCCGACCGCCGGUCCCGUUCCGGCGCCUCACCCCACAGCGCCCUUCUCGUCGCCCUUCCCGUCCGGCGGCCCAGGGGCUCCGACUGCUCCUUUCCCGCCUCCAGCAGGCCAUGUCGCGACGGCGCCCUUCCCCACAGGCGGGCCAGCCCAGCCGAAUCCACACGGGUGUCCACCCGGGGGUGUCUUCAACCAGGGGUUCCCUGCGGGAUACCCUGGGCCCGAACCUGCGCCCCCAGGCACUCCCGCCUUCCCCGCGGCUUCUCCGUCUCCGUUUUGUCCGCCGGCGUAUUCCGGAGACAGUCGCGCCCCCCUCUACUCCCCGCAGCCCCAACAGACGGGCGGGGACGGGAGACAGGCGGGCCACGGCCAGAGUGGAGGAGCCUUUGGCGGCGCGCACCCGACGGCGGUCGGCGAGGAGGGCCUCCGUUCAGGCGCGUUGGGCGCGGGGCCUGCGUGGGGCGGAGGCGCCGGAGACGGGACCGGCGCGAGCCGCGGUCGAAGGGACAUCGUGUGGUAA